CUUGACUUUGCUCUCGCACUACAGUCCAACAGGUAGGUGGCAUGUUGUUCCCGACCGAAGUCUGUGAAGUCAAUGUCAUAGUCGUGCAGCCAGAAUGUCACUCCGUCAUGCCCGACUCUUUGAAGCAGCGGGACGACUUUCGACCGUGGUCGUGUUGAUCACUGGGCCAUACUGCAUUUGCAGUGGAAGUCUACAUCUCAAGCAAUGAUGGAUAAAAGGCGGGCUCAUCAUCAUGUAUCGUGACAUUUAUGUUCACACAUCACUACACGACAAUUAACAGCGUUCUCAUCAACCACCCACAACAAAAGCUCUCUUCAUCGACAUGGCAAGCCAGAAGACAGGCCCACCCUAUGCUUCCCCCAUUGCCUCUAUUGGAGGCAUUCCAACGGUUGGAGUUGAUGUCGCAAUAUGUAGCGUCUUCAUCUUUCUGUUUGUCGUUGCGGCGGCAGGUCACAUGACCAUCUUCGUGAAAAAUCGAAAACGAGGGCAUAAAUUUCUCAUGAGUGGUGCCAUGUAUGGCUUUUGCUUAGCGCGGAUAGCAACGAUGGUGAUGGUGCGUUCCUUGAUCACUCUUCGCAUGCGUCAAACCUCUCUGAUGUUAUUUUAGCGCAUCGUUUGGGCUGUCUACCCUGACGACGUCCAAGUCGCUAUGGCAGCUCAGAUUUUGGUGUCUGCAGGCGUCAUCAUCCUGUUCAUCAUCAACCUCAUCUUCGCCCAGCGCAUCAUCCGUGCAGCACACCCCAACUUCGGCUGGCAGAAAACUGUGUCGGUGGCCUUCAAAGUCGUCGACGGUCUAAUCGUGGUCAUGCUUGCGAUCGUCAUCACGGGGACUGUCCAGUCAUACUACACUCUAAACCCCGAUAUUAAAAGAGUGGACCGAGACCUACAAAUGACUGCCGGGACAUAUCUGAUGUUUGUUUCCUUCCUGCCAAUUCCGUUAGUGGUCUUUACUCUCAUCGUUCCACGGAAAACGAGACUUGAAAAGUUUGGCUCCGGGCGGUGGCGAUCCAAGAUUACCAUUCUACUCGUGUCGGCGGUGUUGCUCUGCCUCGGUGCCUCCUUCCGAGCCGGUACCUCAUACCGCAACCCUCGACCUCGGACCUCGCCCGCGUGGUAUCACGCAAAGUGGUGCUUCUACUUUUUCAACUUUGUUAUUGAAACAGUGGUGGUCUACCUUUAUCUCCUUCUGAGGGUUGAUAGACGCUUUCACAUUCCCAACGGCAGCAAAGGUCCAGGCGACUACAGCGGCGAUGCUCAUUCUGAGCCCGGUGUCCCUGCCACCAGACAUUCUCGUUUCAGCAUGGGCAGCACCCACCGCGUUCUGACUGAAGAGGAAGUAUUCGACGAUGAGAUGCCGAUUGGGGACGAGAAGUCGACAGAGGGGCAAGUGUGAACGAGGAAUGAACGAAACGGGUGAUGAUUGUACGACCUUGAUAGAUCCAAAGACAUAUCUGUAAUAUUAGCUGUUCGAUAGAUUGAAUGAUUACUAUGCAACGUUUCA